GAACUAUCUUUUCCCAGUGUGGUUACCCUCCAGGUCCUCCUCCUCCUUCCUUUCUGUCUCAUCUAGGAAGUUGUUCUGGUAGCUCAGGACUGCUCAGGUCACAGAGAACGUUGGCUGUUCCAGCUCUGCUGCUGACCACUCUGGAGGAGAUGAACCCACAAGAGCUGAAGACAUUUCAGUCUUUCCUGACUAGUGGCCUGCUGCCUGACUGUCCUCCCAUCCCAGAGAGUCAGCUGGAGAACGCUGACAUACAGGUCAUAGUGGGUCAGAUGGUGAAGACAUACGGCCCUGAGAGAGCUGUGGAGAUCACACUGAGGAUCCUGAGGGGGAUGAAGCGGGUAGACCUAGCAGAGAAGUUAGAGACAGAUCACAGAGGAGGUACUGCCUCAACCUCUCACCUGCCCUUAUUCCCACCGAGGCCCCGAUCCGUCCUCUCCCCUGUGUGGUUACCCCCCAUUUCCCCCCUUCUCUCCAGAUCCUCCCCCUCCUUUGGCUCGUCUAAGGAGUUGUUGUGGUUAACUUCUGCUGGUAGCUCAGGACAGUUCAGGUCACAGGAAACCCCAAAGCUGGAGAUGGACUGUCCUCCCAUCCUAGACAUCCCACUGGAGAUGGCUAACAGUGUCAACACAGAGGUAGCUGUGAACACCCAGGAGAACAUCCAGAGGAUGGACGAGGAGUUGGGAAGAGAAGGGUAA